AUGGUCUCAAAUUGGCGUGGGAUCAGGGUCACAAGAAGGUGCAACUUCAACUCGAUUCCUCGACGGCCAUCAGGAUGA